AGCAAUGCUGAAAUAUCGUUAAAUAAGUGUGUUUUGCUCUCUUUUUUCUUCUAUUUUACUACCAAAAUGUCGGCCAAUUGCUUUGAUAUUUUUAUAGUUGAUAGAGAAUAGCCUAAAAAUGCUUCUCGUUGGAUUGCAACGCGAUGGUCUUAAGUUGUAGCAGUUGUUCAUUAUUUUCAGUUGUUCAAGUAGAAAAUUGGACCAAAAAAAAAUACGAACAGCCAACACCAUUAAUAUUCGAGUCAAAAUUGAAUACUCAGUCAUAGCUAAAUGUCUAUACAGCAAAUCCCUCUAAUCUUUUUCAAAUUCAUUGCAAUCUUGAAAAAAAAAACUUAUUAAAACAUUUGAAUAAUGUUUUUGACUCUUAGAAAGUGAAAAUUAUAUCUAAUGAUAUUGACAAUGUUGAGAAAAACAAUUUGUCAAAAAAAUCUCCUGUCUUACGUUAAAAUUGCUAGUAAUAAAUGUCAUUUGGCUUAAUAUCUCAAAAUAGUGACGGAUUCAGAAGAGUUAUUAUUGAAUUAUUAUUCAAUGUUCUACAACAAACUGCUCACGAGGAAAAAAAAGGAUUUGAAUUCUUAUUGAUAUUUGAUUACGCUUUAGAUUUUUUAAUGCAUUUAGUAUUAUUCCUGUAUAUACACUACCGAUGAAAAAGCGUCUACAUCUUGAAAAUCUAAUAUUUAGUAGAGACUCUAUUCAGAACUUCUGCAUUUCUUUUUAUAAAAGCUCGCUUCUUUAGAAAUACGCAUUUUAAAAAUUCGAUGGAUAAUUCGAAUAUAAAUUGAAUCUAAAUUAUUUUAGGGUUUUUUGCAACAUUAUGUAUACAGAUAAUUUGUUCAUCUUCGCUUUGUCAUUUUGAAUAAAAAUUGAUGAAUAGUUGAAGAAUGAUUCGCAUGAUUCAACAAGCUAUUAGUCGUCUUUUUAUUCAGAAUAAACCAUAAACAUUUUAUGCAUAAGUGUAAAAAUAAAAUACAAACUUGAAAAUUUCAAACUCAAUUUAACAAAACACAGAAAUUUUCCGCUGCUUUCGGUUUAAUUCUGAUGACUUCAGAUUAAUAGGUAUUUUGUUGUAAUACAGCAAACUAUUUCUUCUUAAAGGGAUUUUCUUUACUACUAAGUUCAUUUAGUAAAUGUCUUGAUCGUAAUGAUCUUCCUUUUUAAAUCUAAUUAUAUACUAGGUGUGCCAAAAUUUUUGCUACAUCUUUUAUUUUGCAUAUAUCUCGGCAUAGAUAAAUAAUAAAAGUUUGAAAAAUUCUGAAUUUUCUGAUUUAAUAACAACGACUUUUUCAACUCAGAGUUCAGAGAAAGCCUUCAACAUAAGAUAUCGACUCACCAAUUAUAAAUAAGUGUGUACUUUAUUCCGUAUCAAUAAGUAAUAAAUAUAGAUGAAUAGUUCAAAUAAUAUUAACUUUUUCUGCUUCUUCAUCUAAGCCCUCAAUGUUUUGUAGUUUCUAAUGCUUUUUUUUAUUAUUAUUACUAAAGAACAUUAUAAGAUUACUUAUCUAACCGAAUAUGAAUACGAUAUAGACAAUAUUCUCUAUCUUAUCAUACUAGAAGAAACACAUCUGAUCAGGUUUAACACAAGAGAAAAAAAAUUUCCAUAUAGCUGAUAUUUUUUCUGCGCAACCUAUUAGUAUCAAGUAAUGGUAAAAAUUAUUGAACUCAUCGAAUUAAAAUAUUUGCUAUAAAAUAAAAUCUAAAAGUUUUUUUCGAAAUAUUAAUCAAUAAUUUUUAUUCGGUGUUCUUAAAUUCUCUUUCUGAUAAACUAGUUUAAAGCAUCAAUCACACCGACUAAUUCAAAGUGAAUUAAAACAGAAUUAACGAAUAAAUCAUCUUAAAAAGAUGUCUCUUUUAUAUAAGUAUAGUACAUAAUAAAAAAUCAUUAUGCAAUGAGAGAUGACUCUAUCAUGCAUACCGUUUUUUAUUGACACAUUCCAGGGUUUGCAAUAGCAGGUGUACCAAGCAGAAACAAAAUGUACAGGAUAUCUGCUGUUUUUUAUGUACACUCUGUUUUACACUUUGGUUGGAAAAACAAAUUGUGUACGUCGUACACUGUACAGAAUAAAUUUACAUUUUCAUAUUAACGCAUUAAAAGUACUAAGAAGUUUUAAAUCAAAUAGAACGGAAAGGUCAUAGCAAAUUGUGAUAUCUUUCGAUUGGUCUUAUCAUUAAUUAGAUAUGCCUUCUUUUUUUCUUGAUCUUUGAUAAUGAUGCGACUCUAUGCAAUACAAAACUCGUUUAUGUUUUUUUUCUAUAAACUUGCGUUUUUCUUUGCUUAUUUUUUUUUGUAAAACGGUAGAUAAUGAAAUAGGAUAGGUACUUGUUAUUUUUGGAUGAUUUUGUACUUACAUUUCUUGGUUAUGAAUGAUCCGAAUAUUUCAAUUUAUAUGUAAUAUUUGAAAAAAAAAUUGACUUCCGUAUCCGUACACUUGGAUACAUUUUGGUGAUGAAAAUAAAGUGGUAUUUAUUGUGAAAGAACGCACGUGUAUCCUAUUAUUCUGAAGAUUUUGGUUUUCUUCUUUUAUCGAUUACUAGCGUCAUUUGAUUAUUUCUGAUUAGUUAUUUUAUUCUGACAAAUCAUUGUAAGAUCCAGUAGUUCAUUAUAUUGUUAUUACUUAGGGCAUACCAAAAGUAGUGGCGUCAGUAUCUUUUUUCUUUAAUAGAAAUCUUGAAUAGAUUUUCUUUUUUUGUUUAGUGAUAGAGAAAACGAUGCUCUAUUUUUCUAUGCUAUUUGAUCAUUCUUCAACUAAUAUCCAAAUAAUAAAAUUUCGGUAAGAAUUUGUAUAAAAAAAAAAUAAAAUAUACCAGUAGAUGCAACGUGAAAAGCUCUAUAAUUGUUAAAGAACAGCUUAUUUUAUAUUUCAGAUAAGAAACAAGGAAUUUCUCUUCGUAUAGAAAAAAAAACUUUUUUUCGAGAUAAUUUUACUUUCUUUGGAAACAAGAAGUACGCAAUUAAAGUAAGCAAUCUUAGACAGAUUGUAGGGCUUUUCACGUUGCAUCUUUUGAUGUAUUUUUUUUAAAAUAAAAGACAUGAGGUGAUAAAAAGAUGAAAUAAGAAAAAAGUGAAUUUAUCUUGUACCAAAAAAAAAUGCGUUUUUGCAAGGUCGAAAAUUAGUUGCUGAAAAUUUUGCUCAUUAUGAGAACAAAAAGUGUAACUAUAAAAUAAGUAAUCUUACGUAAAUUGUAGAGCUUUGAGGCUGCAUCUAGUGAUAUAUUUUAUUUUUUUGAUACAACCUAUUAAGUAAUUGAAAAUUGGAAGGCAAAGUGUGGCCAUUUAAUCGACCUCACAUAUUAGUGAAGUUAUACACAAAAACAGUUCUGAUCGAAAUUUUAUUAUUUGGAUAUUAGUUGAAGAAUGAUCAAAUAGCACAGAAAAAUAGAGCAUCGUUUUCUCUAUCACUUUAUUAAUCUUGAUUAAAUUUUUCAUAGUACUAAAAAUAUCACCAACAUAAAUAUGAUUAAUUAAUUGAAAUGUGUAAAUAUAAAUCUUUUUCUUACUUCACAGAAGAUUAUAGAAGAAUAAUAACAGUAAAAAGAUGCAGAUCGAGAAAUGUUUACUCUAUUUUGGAAAACAUGCAACUGUACAGACAUACUUCUAUUUAAUUCUAUUGUCCUUUUCAAUUAUUUAUUGUUCAUUCCUAAAUAAGAGAUAAGUGAAGUUUUCUGCUGUGCAGCAUAUCGAAAUCUUUAAAGAGAAAACAACACUUCAAUAGUUACUAUUUUCAUGUUCGAAUCAUAUUAUGAUAUUACAAGCAGAAGAAAUAUAACUUUGUUAAUCAAUGAUGAUAUUUAAAUAUCUGUUCUUAAACAUCGAUAAAAAAUAUGCAGACUAAAUAAAAUUUUUCUUGAAGUUAUUUUAUAAAGUUCCUAUUUUCAAAGGAAAUUAUUAUGAAGAAGAAAUUAUGGAAAUUCAAUUCGAUGUGUUAAGACAUGAACAUAAGAGAUCAAUUUAAUAUGCAAAAAAAAUAUAGGAAUGAUAUUAAUAUUUUUAGAAUUAGAUGAGGAAAUAUAUCUAUAUAUUUUUCAUCAUAAAAUGAGUUUUGUAGUCUUUCAAUUGAAUGUAUAAAAAUGAAUGUUGACUAAAGAUCAUUUCUCAUAUGUUGAUGUAUGAAAAUUUAUAUUUAUCACGAUCUCUUAACGUGUUUGAUCAAAUAAAUUCUUCAAUACUCGAGCAGCUCUAUGAAACCAAGUAUUUAACACAAAUAUCUUCUAUAUCGAAAAUUCAUAGAGAGUUGUGAGAAAAAAGGUUCUGAAAAAUCAAACCUUCAUUAUCUUAUUAAUAGAUAAAGACUCACGUGUCUAUGUUAUGUCACAGUUAUGAUAUUCUAGUUUGUUGUAACCUUGAAAUGCGAAGAAGCCUCCAUGGAUGACUGCGAUUGUGAAACUUUUAAGAUAAAUGGUUAACAUUAACUGCAGAUAUUGAUCGAUUUUUUGAAGAUUUUGUUUAAGAGUUUAGAUAAUUUUUUAUCCUAGAGAAAAUAAUCUUGAACAUGUAACUAAAUACUUUCUAAAAUAUUCCUAUUUAAUCGUACAUCGUAAUACCCAAACAAAAUACAUAAGAGACGUCCUUUUUCUGAAUGACUCUUUCGUUAGAAUCCUAUUAAACACUUCGAUUCGUAAUUUACUAUAUAAUUAAGAAGAUAUAAAUACAUUUGUCUUUAUUUUUGAAAUAUUCAUCCUUCAUUUAUUUUUUGAUUAGAAAUUAUUUGAUAAUGAUCAAAAUGGCUAAGAAUCAAUGAAUGAUGAAUUCAAUGAAAUGGAAAGUACAAGUGAAGAAGAAGAUAAUGAUGAAUCUAAAUUUAGUUAAAUAAAUUUCGUUGUUUGUUUUUCUAUAAUUAUUUUUUCAAUAAAAAAUAAAAUAGUUUGAUAUUGAAAAACAAUCCAAGAAAUUACGUGAAAAAUAACGUCAAGCAAAAGAAUGUUUCGAACAAGAAUUAUUAGCAAAUAUUCAACAACAAGAAAUAGUUCAAUUUUCAAGUGGACAAGAAAUUACAAAAGAAGGUUUUAUAAUAACAAUAGAUUUUGAUUGUUUAUUUUAUUUCUUUUAGCUCCACAAGCUGAUUUACAAUUCUUAAUGUAUUGUAUUCAUGAAGUAAUUAAUAUUUUAAAUAAUUUUUAAAAUAAACGUGAAUUAAAUUGAUCAAGAAAAGAAUAUCUUGAUUUACUUAAACAAGAUCUAUGUAAUUAUUAUUCAUAUAAUGAAUUUUUAAUGAAUAAAAUUAUUGAAUUAUCUCCACUUGCUGCAGUAAAAAAUUUUAAUUAAAUAUUCUUUUUGUAUAUGAAAUUUAUAAAUAGAUUAUUGAUUUUUUUGGAAGCUAAUAAAGUUCAACGAGAAGUAACUAUUCGAACGAAUACCUUAAAAACAUGUCGUCGUGAUCUAGCACAAGCAUUAAUUAAUCGUGGUGUUAAUGUUGAUCCACUUGAUAAAUGGACUAAAGUUGGUCUUGUUAUUUAUUAUAGUCAAGUACCAAUUGAUGCAACAUCAGAAUAUCUAAGUGGUCAUUAUAUGAUUCAAGGUGCAUGA